AUGCAACCAGAGUGCUACAGGUCUACCAUCGCUACCUCAGAGGACCACUCGCGCUACUCCCAACCCGCUGCCCAGCAUGGAAACUUCUCUUGUCAAGAUUGCCCUGCCAGCCGUCCCUCAGGUCGAGAUGACGGCGAUAGCGGCCAUGCCACCGGCUCGGUGGUGUUGUCGCCUCGUCCAUCCGAUCCGCGACUUGAUGGCCAUGCAGCAGACACUGGACUAGAGACGCAGCUCCCCGCCAAACCUGUAUCCUCCCCUCAUCGCGCAGGCGAUGACGCUGCUAUCGCGACGCACCGGAAGUCGAGCGAAGAUCUCGGCUUGCAAGCCAUCUCCAUCGAGAGCUUUCCCAAUGAGGUCCUGACGCAUAUCUUAUCGCAUCUGCAGCCCUCGUCGCUGUCAUCGAUGAGCCUUGUGAGCCGUCAGUUUCACGGCCUAGUGACCACCCCGCAUGCCUGGCGGAUCGCGUUCUCUCGGUACUUCCCCGGACCUGCGCUGACCGAGAAGAAUGAAGGCCCGCAAAGAGGUGACGACUGGGAGCACAGGCUGCUGAAAAGGCGCGCGUUCUGCAGGCUUACAGCCUUGAGCUCCUGGAGAAAUGAAUAUAUUCUGCGGACAAGGCUAUUACAUUCAAUAGCUCGUGGGAAGCCUACCAGCUACCAAGUCACGGACCAGCGCAAGUCGACUCGCUCUGGCUCCGCGACUGCUACCCAUGCUGUUGUGACAUACAACUCCUUGCUCCAGUUUCCAAUCUCCCACAUUGAUGGUACGUUUGGAUCCAGUUUGGAGAGAAAACCACCCGCGUUUGUCCAUGGAGCAAGCGAGGAAGGGAUCGCUACCCAAAGCGACCCAACUUCAAAGAAAAGCGGUGCAGGGAAGUGGGGACUUUUGUCCGAAAGUCGAAUGUUCAACCACUUUUCAGAGAGCUACCCGAGUGAAACGCCUUGGGGUUUGGGAUCCGGUAACCUCGUUGGAAAUCCCAACGUGAUGGACGUGAGCCAGCCUCACGGUAUGGUGUACGGGGAGGGAUGCCCCCAGGGCCGUACUUAUUUCCUCUCUACAAGUGAGAAAAGAGGUCGGUUCUUACCCCGUUCAGUUCUGGAUCCUCACUACGAACUUGGGAUUCCGUCUGUGAAUGCCACACACUCUGGGAUUUGUGCGACUUGGAUAGCCAAAUCAUCUGAGAUUUUGAAGUCUACAAAUGGGCUAUGUGGGAUGAUUACAGGCACUUCAUCAGGCGUCCUCACAUCGUAUGCACUCGGCCCGCAUCCUUCAUAUGAUCAACGUUUUGAACGAGGCCAGAUAACUGCUAGGUGGGCUUUAUGCCCCGGAGUUCCCAUUGUUGCCAUCAAAGUUGAUGGCAAAUUAUCGGCAAAACGACUGUCCCAACGUAGGAUAUGGAUAACUGUCCUAAACGCUCUUGGGGAACUUUUCUAUCUCACGAAUGUUCCCCGUGGCCUUGAUACCUACCAGAAGUUAGAGCCCGAAGUGCUUGAGAAGGCGGCAUGGCUCACUGGCCGCACGGUAUCGUGGGAGAUUGUCGAAAGCAGUCGACGUGUUCCGGUGCAUGACCCGUUCAACAAACUCUCCUCCAAUGCUACCUAUAGCCCUAGAUCAUCCUCGGAUGAGAUGAACUUAGACCGUGAUCAAAUAAUCGCCGAAACAAAAGACAUUGAAAAGUUCUUUGCUUUCAAGCCUUUACAUUUCCGAACGACAUAUCAAGGAUGGGACAUGAGGCGUAAACUCGAAGUAGAUUUCGCUGGUGAUGAUGGACAAGGUGCUGGUGAAUCUCUCAUAGUCGCCUGCUGCUCUGCCAGUGAUGAUCAAGCUGCAUCGGUCAAGAGAUUUACACGCGUCAGGAGUGGCGAGAACCCAACCCUAGAUAAUAUUGGAAGCUCCUCUCCAGCUCCAGAAGGUGAAACUAAAACCAAAGCGUCUCUCUUUGGUCAAACGGGAGCCGAGCAGGCUCUACCCUCCGGAAACCCCGUGUCAUCACCCAUACCCAGUGUUUAUAAUGGCUCUAGCCCCUUACCAACUACCGUCGAAUGGCGGGCGUCAAAUAUGACCUUUGAAGGACCAAAGUCUACCGAAAUCACCGCCUGCGCCUUGGAUAUGUCCACAUUUGCCCGCUUGACAAAGUUUGAAGACCCCUUACUCGGGAUGUAUGGUAAUUCAGAGGUGUCCUCCCUAUGUUCCACACCAUUUUCACUUUCUAGCAACCCGCUAGCUUCAUCUGCGGAAAUUCCUGGUCAGCGAGGCCGAUACAUGGCUGUUGGAACCUCUCUUGGCUCCGUUUUUGUCUGGGACAUCAGAGCCGCGAUACCUGGGAAUGACAUGGUGAACAAUAUCAUGCCCAUUCGCAUUAUCCAUACAGAUUCACCUCAAAUUUCUAGCGUUGCAUUGACGGCUCUGUACCUCGUACAUGGAGGCAACGAUGGCCUGGUUCAAGCUUGGGACCACCUUGCCUCAUCCACGCAGCCUAUCCGAACGCUCAAUUCCAGGUUCUCUUCUCGCGCCCGUCGCCGCCUCGAACAGGUGACUACAGCGAACCAGGAAGUUGGUCAUAAUUUCUUUGCAGCCGGAGCCAUCUGUCUCGACCAGGAUCCUACUCGACUUAGAGGUAUUGUUGCUCUUGGGACACAGCUUCGUUAUUGGGCAUACAGCUCCUCCGCAGCCGAUCAGUACAAGAGUAACAAACGACGGAUUCGUUACCCUCACCGUGGCAGCAACAGUUCGCAGGAGACGCAGCGCUUCAGCAAUUCUGGCCGAGGGGCUUUAAUGGAUUACAUCAUGAACGAGAAGGCUGAACUUGAAAGACAAAAGGUUGCAAAGGAAAAAGAGCUCGCUCACUUGAGUGGACGGUUUGGUACAGAUCUACUGGGCAGCGAUGCAAGUGAAGACGACCUUCUUGCCUACGCUUGUCUACUGAGCGAGGAGUCGUAUACGAGCGAUGAGAGGAACAGGAGAGGCAGCGAGAGUAGCUCUGUUGGCAGCUCCUCUAGCGAGACAAUUGCAUCGGACGAGACAUUCAGUGCAAAUCCUCUUACUCGACAAAUAUCAACUCCGACUCUGGAUACUGUUGAUGAGGAAAUGGAGCCUGGUCUAGCUGAAGCCAUCCGUCGAAGCUUGCAGGAUACCGAUACUUCUCAGUCUCCUAACGAAGGCAGUGUGUUCACAGAAGAGGGCAUUACUGAUAUCGGCUCAUAUUCCUUCUCCCCCAGCCUGUCUGGUACCUCUUCACAGGAUAACGUUGAUGAUCUCGAGCUUGCUAUUCAACUCAGUUUGGUUGAGCAGCAAGGUCAGACAGACCCCCAGGAGGAAUUUCCCGCUCUCGGAAAUACAUCCGGUACUCCUUCAAAGCGGAGAGGUAGGGGAAAGAAGAGAUUCUGA